AGGGCCCUUGCUAAUCUGGUAGGUUUUAGAGGAAGUACUCAGAGCAGAACACCUCGACCCGCACACAAUGGCAGGGUCUGGCAGAGGGCAGCAGGAGCGCGAACAACAAUCUGGCUCCCCAUGAAAAUAUUCGUCCUCAUGCAACACAUCACAGGGCGGCACUGCCUCUCUGACGGCCAUUCUUCGGGACAAAUAGAAACGUGGUACUCCCCGGGAGUCCUCCAAUCCUCGCAUCCAGGGCGGGGUCGAAACCAGACAGAGAAUCCCAAAAAUGACAUCUAGAUUGCGGUGAAGCAGGGAGCAACUGGGACGCAGAGAGAAGAAAGAAAGAAAGAAAGAAAGAAAGAAAGAUGGAGCUAGUACUCGGUGUUUGAAUCUUAACCAAUCGAGACGCAACAGAAAGGCGCAGCAGAUAACGCACGGUUUCCACUGUGGAUGCUUCUGCUUCAGAGCGGAUUUUCAUUGCAUCUUCGGAAAUGUAGUUGUAUUAUUGAGAUUAUUAUUGUUGUUUCAGAACUAGUUGAUGAGAGAAGUGCGAGCCGCUGAGGCUCCGUUUCCUGUUUGCUAGCGCGCUGCAGCUGGGCUGAAGAAGCCCCACAGGGCUGACUAAACGCCGGCCGUUCUUCCCCGCUUCAAACUACACAGCCAGUCCGCUGCCAAACUCGCUGGAAAAGGAAAAGUAGAAUGUGCGACCUGAUGCCAGCCUCCCAGCCUGCGGAGAAAAUCGGCAAAAUGAAAAAGUUGAGGAGAACUUUGUCCGAGAGUUUCAGAAGUAUCGCUUUCAAGAAAGAAGACAGCGGCUUUGAUGAGAUAUGUGUCACAAAGAUGUCCACACGCAGCUGCCAGGGAACAGACUCAGUCAUCAAGCCCCUGGACACCAUCCCUGAGGACAAGAAGGUGAGAGUGCAGCGCACACAGAGUGGUUUCGACCCAUUUGAGAAGCCCGCCAGCCAGGUGAAGAGGGUCCACUCUGAGAACAAUGCCUGCAUCAGUGCCAAGAGCUCAUCUGCUGGCAAGGAGUCGCCAAAACUGCGUCGUCACUCUAGCCCUAGUUCUCCUACAAGCCCCAAGUUUGGAAAGGCUGAUUCUUACGAAAAGCUGGAGAAGCUGGGAGAGGGUUCAUAUGCGACAGUUUACAAAGGAAAGAGCAAGGUGAAUGGGAAACUGGUGGCUCUGAAGGUGAUUCGUCUGCAAGAGGAAGAAGGGACACCUUUCACCGCCAUAAGAGAAGCAUCUCUUCUGAAAGGCCUGAAGCAUGCCAACAUCGUGCUCCUCCAUGAUAUCAUCCACACCAAGGAAACCCUGACUCUGGUCUUUGAAUAUGUGCACACAGACCUGUGUCAGUACAUGGACAAACACCCUGGGGGUCUCCACCCAGACAAUGUGAAGCUGUUCCUGUUCCAGUUACUGAGAGGGCUGUCGUACAUCCACCAGAGGUACAUCCUUCACCGUGACCUGAAACCACAAAACCUGCUCAUCAGUGACACUGGAGAGCUUAAACUUGCUGACUUUGGCCUGGCCAGGGCCAAGUCGGUCCCCAGCCAUACCUACUCCAACGAGGUGGUGACCCUGUGGUACCGGCCUCCAGAUGUUCUGCUCGGUUCCACAGACUACUCCACCUGCCUGGACAUGUGGGGAGUUGGCUGCAUUUUCAUCGAGAUGAUCCAAGGAGUGGCUGCCUUUCCCGGGAUGAAGGACAUCCAGGAUCAGUUGGAGAGGAUUUUCUUGGUCAUCGGCACUCCAUCCGAGGAUUCCUGGCCCGGCGUGAACUCUUUGCCUCACUUCAAACCAGACCGCUUUACAGUGUACAGCGCCAAGAAGCUCCGACAAGCAUGGAAUAAGCUGGGCUAUGUGGACCAUGCUGAGGAGCUGGCAUCCAGGUUCCUCCAGUGCUUCCCAAAGAACCGGCUGUCAGCCCAGGCAGCACUGAACCACGAAUACUUCAGUAACCUUCCCCCACGGCUCUGGGAGCUGCAGGACAUGUCUUCUAUCUUCACUGUACCAAAUGUUAAGCUGCAGACAGAGAGUGGGGACAGCAUACAGGUGUGUGCACGAAGGAACAGUCAUGGAAAGGCAUCCUCUGGCAGCAAGCACUGACCUGAGCCAGCAUCCUGAGCAUGAUUGUCUGAAAGGUGGCUGUGUAAAGAGAAAAAAAGAUGAAGACAGAGAUGUCAAGACGGAGGAUCCAGACAAGUGAAAGAGCCCCAGUUCUCUUUAUUUAUUACCUUCACAAUACAUGUGAGCGUGGGUGUAUGUGUGCGUGACAUGUGCAUAACAAUGCGUGUGAGCAUUGAGAGUAGAUAUGAACGCAUGUGUGCAUAAUGUAAGGUACCUAAGAUUUCAGGCUAUCAUUUCCAAAUUUUGUUUACUUUUUAUAAGGUUCAAAUAACUCAUAUAUCAUUGUCACAGUAUAAACAACAUUUACUAUUGGUACAUAUUGUGUUUUGUGUUUGCAACUAUCCUAUUUAAGAAUGUAUAUUUGUAUGUAUGAUAUACUCAUCUAGAAACUAUUUAAUGGUCAAUCUUAUCACAGCUUAAUCUUCUCACCACUAUACUGCUCAUGCCAACACACAAACUCAACAAACACAUACAGGAGAUAUGCAUACAAGCAAACAGCAAACACCUAUAGAAAAAAAAUGUUGCAGUGACUUCAAAGGCAAGAAAAAUCCUAAAGAGUUUGUUUCUAACCAAAUGCAGCUCUUAUUUGCUGAACCGCAGAUGAUAUGAAUAAUAAUGUAGGGCUUUCAGUUGGUGCAACACAUCCUCGGUCAGCCAUGUUGGAGGUCCUCUGUUCUUUGGUAGCUAAAAUGCUGGUUGUUGAGUUAAUGCUGAAUUGUUUGAAAGGAGAUGCAUCCUUAUUUUUGUAGUUUUUACCAUCAUUCUCAUCAGUUAUCAGGGCAUUUCAUUCACAAAUAGCAUUGCUGAGCAAUAUGUUGACAUAUUAAACUUAAUGCAGUAUGGCGAGUUAGGGGUGCAAUCCAGGCUACUCCUUGGCCAAUGUGCAUAGGUAUCGUUUGGAGACAUUUAUAUGGCUGUUCAUUUUAUUCUCACAUGUAAAACUCGAUUAAUGUUGAUCUCAUUAUCUUAAUUAAUGUUGAUGAUGCUUUAUUUUUCCUCCUAAUUCAACUAAACAAGUUACACAAUGGGUUUUUGAAAUUUGUGAGUUCAGAGGUAUCUUUACAAGCUUUUGUAAACUACAGUUACCUACUGCAUUCCACCCUGCUUUUUAAAGUUUUGUAGAAACAUUAGCAUGCAUCCUUGCAGAAAAGUAAAUGUAGCUUUAGCUCUGCUGCCAUUUUCACCCAGUGGCCAAUGUAGGUACUGCAAUAAAACAUAUCCUCUGUGAUCUAAAGGGCAUUUUCCCCAUUGACCAUGAUUAUAAAAGAGGCAUCUUCACACUGCGAACAAGGUCAAUAUUAUUCUUUGUUUUGGGACUCUGGUCAUUGGUCAAUAUUUCCCAGAUGAUAGAAGGCUAUUUCUAUGCAUGCACAUUAGGGCACACAGACCUAAAGAGAUACAACAUGAGCUAGGAGCCAUCUUGGAGUCUGAUGUCCAGUUAUUAUAUUUCAAUCAUUGGUGCAUAUUGCUCCUGUGUGUCAGUGCCUUGCCUUGGGUUAAAAUAUUUGCAAUGCAGUGUAAGCCUAAUGGAUGAUUAAAGUGGACUUUUCAAUAUUUCUGUAACUUCAUAAAAGUUUGUAAGAAAGAUGUUUUCAUAAUCUGUUAGAAUGAUGGUUAAAACUCCAUAACUAAGGGCCUAGUUGUAGAACGAUACCAGUAAUAAUAAUAAUUCCCCUCUAAUUUUUCAAAAGGACCUCCAUGAUGGAACCAUACAUGCUCCAUAUGAGUUUUGUGUUGCAUCUCAAAAGCCGCUCUGACAAAAAUGAUCUCUGCUUGAGAUGUCGACAGUGCACACAUUAAACAACAGGGAAGAAUACAGGCGUGAUACAGCUGUAAGUGUGUGUCUGAUAGCGUGGUGUGUGUGUUCUUGUGUGUGAGUGUAUAAAAUAUGGGCAAUAGCUAAAGCAUUGGUGCUUCCAUCCAUGCAUAUGAGCUAAAGUACAAAAGGCAAAACACAAGGGCAAUAGGCUGUGUGGCCUAUUGGCUUAUCCCAACGACAAUCCUCCCUUUCUGUUUAUCGGAUAUGUCACAAGAUCCGCGAUAUCCAGUUGGAAACAGAUGAUCUGGUCAAUAAUUGUCAAAUGUUAGAUUGUCCGGGGACUUUCUUUAUGUGACAAAUUAAGCAAGUGUAGGGAUGAGUGCUUUGUAGUUUGUGUACAGUACUUGUACUGUAGGUGGUGAUCCAUCUCUUCACCAGCAACAUGUGCUGUCAUGCAAAGACUUCCCAUACGUGUGCUCCUCAAUAACCUACAUGUAUAAAAUGUUUUGGAACUUUUUCUAACACCAUACGGAGGUCAGCUGUAUGACACAGUAACAUCUACAAAGAUGGUUAUAUGGAUUAGUCUUUCUUUUGAUGUUUUGUGUGAAAAUAACUGAAUAUUAAAGCUUAGACAUAUGGUGAAAUUUGUGAAGUACUAUCAAUACAAUGGCUUCCUCUUUAACCUCAAUCAGUCUUGGAAUCAACUUAACAAUAAUGUUGGCCCUGCAAUGUUGAUUAGCUGAAGAGUAGAGGCAGAAUUAGAGUGGUGAUUGAUAAUGUCACUUCACUACCUGUUAAACACACUCUCUCUUUCUGUCUCUCUAUCUCACACACAUGCACGCACGCACGCACAUAGACACACACACACACACACACACACACACACACACACACACACACACACACACACACACACACACAAAUACUGUGUGUACUCACACUAAUAAUAUAUGUGUCUUGCCUGUGAUCAACAUCCUGAACCCCACUAGUCCUACAGAACAGUACCCACAACCCCUCAAGGCUCCCUUCCAGCUUUGCUCUGCAGUCUGACACAUUCAGGGACAGGUUUGGAUUUUUUAAAGUCUAUCUUAAUAACACGCUCAUUUAAUGUAAUCAUCCCUCUUCUCCAUAAUAGCCAUUAACUGAUAUUGUCAUAUAGUGACUGCAAUAUAAGGAAUCAUACCAAAAUGCAUUCCAAAGUUCAGUUGUAGAUAUUAUGAGGCUUCAGCAGUCUGAGUUUGCUGAAAGAGCUGUGUGACCAAAGCAGAGCUUAAAUGACAUGCAGCAGCCCAAAGCAAUAUACUUAUUACUAAUAUGCUGACUGGCCAGUACUGAGUUACAGAAAGUUGGGUUUGCCAAGUCAAGUACAAUGUUUAAAUAAAUCUGUCAUCUGGCAUGAAAAAAAAAUCAACAAAUUCUGUGCAAAGUUUUUUGUUUGUUUGUGAAUGGCGCCAGACAGGAGACUCAGUGCCGACAACUGGUUAUCUUUGUACGUGCAACUCUGAAUAUUUGAAUAGCUAAUUCAUCCUUGUGCCGAUGAUCUGGACAUUUUUUACAUUUUGGGUGGAAUUUUAACAUUAGUUCCAAUUGAAUUUUGGAAUACUUAAGGUCAUAACAAGGACUGUGGAAUUUGUCCCUGAUCUUUUAUAGUGUAGUCACUCGAUAAAGGGGUCAUUUCACAACCACUGCAGGGUGGAGUGAUGAUUAUAAUAACGCAUAUUGUACAUCUUUCAGCAUACAUGUGAUAUACACGAGUACAUUCUGCGGUAAAGGGGCAAUCUGUGAGAUAUGGCCAGAAUUUAGGUAACUGACCUACUGUUAUCAACAGAAAGAGUAGUAACAGCAGUGUUGACAUUAUGUAACUGAAGAGGUGAUAGUCUUCCCUGUUCUCUGCCUGAAAUGGUAGCAAUUCCAGCAGACUCCCGCCAGAUUCCUGCCAGCUAAUAGGGCCACUUAGCUUGACGGCUAACUUGCUACUUGCUAAUGGCAGCUAGAUGCUACAGCCAAAGAUAGCUACAGUAAUGAGUAUAAUGAGCAGCAGUUAGCAGUUAUGCUGCCCCCUAUAGUUUUGGAGAUACCUUUGAAUUCUGACCACUUCUCACGUGCUACAUGUAAUAUGUGGUAUGUAUGUAUAUGUAUAUCCGGUUCGGUUCAUAUCACAGUUUUGUGGUCACAGUUUUUCGGUUUGGUUCGGUAUAUGUUGAUCGUUAGAAAAAGCAAUUAUGUCUUGUUUUAGUCAGGUUAAAGCUGAAAGAAUGAGGCAGUCUGACAUUUGAUACAUCAUUGUGACAGUCUUAGGUUAAAAGUAGUCAGAUCCAGGCACAGCAAGAGAGGAGACAUUGCUGGUUCCAACAUGCUUUUCAUUUAUUUGGCAAAGAAAGUUAUCUUUAACAAAUGGUAAGAACACAUUGUUAUUUGCUGUCAUUAAAAUGCAGUUGAAUCUUUUGUGCAUACAGGACACAAAUACUGAACUGAAUGAAAUAUAUAACCUACAUUUAUCAAUUGUGGUUCUUAAAUGAAAUAUAAAAGUAAAAAUGGCUCUUAAAGCCUACUUAAAGCUACUUUCAGUAGCCCUGGAGGUCCAUCCAUCACUAGUAAGUGCUACAUAGGCUGUGUCAGACAACUUUUUACCAAUUCCUCGUCAGGUCCCUUCAUAAAGUGCAGGAACUAUCAUGCUGCUGAAGUGUUUGCUGGAGGGGAUUUUAUAUUGUGGCUAUAGUGUUCUAAUCAUACAACUAAAUGUUGCACCCGCCGCCACAGCAAAAGGCUGCAUAUCGUUGGCUAUGAAAUACCCCACUCUUUUUGUUAUGCAUUUUGCCCUGUCUAACUCGUCACUGUAAGACUGUUUAAAAGCUGCGGGGGGCAGAGGUUGUACUCUCGACUCUCUCCCUUUCCUCCUUGCGCAGCCAACUGUCUCACUGGGAUGAUGUCUCUGCAGAUGAGCUGACAUGUUAGUCGUGUUACUGUUAGCAUGAACCACACAUGUUGCACAAUGCUUGCAAACUAUCGCACUUUUGUCAACAACUUCCUUACUGCCGUCAUCAUGGAUCACUCUACUAAUGCAAAGUGGUCCCAUAUUGCAGACCUUCACAGUGCUGCUGGCACAUCUUCUAGCUCCAACUUUCUUCCAAUCGCAUUGCCCACAAAAGUUUCCAAAACUGACCCAAAGAUACUCUAUCUGCUACACCACUUCGCUUUUCUUGUUUACUGGCGGUUGGCACCCAGCUCAGUACCACCACCUGCUGCUCUGGAGUGUACAUGCUUCGCCUUGUAAGUAAAUAAGAAAAAGAAGUUGCACAUGCCUAUGAACCAAACAGUUUGGACACACACACACGCACACACACACAUACUUUGCUUGACAGGAUGCAAACCAGGCCUUCUAACAAAUUGUCCCUCCUUUGAAAUCUUUGCCAGAGAUUGACAAGAGCUUGUAAAAUUGCUGUACUUGAAGUUAUCUUACAGCUCUUCAAUGUCAUCCCCAGGCUGUGAUUGUGUGGCAGAAAAGAAGGGGAGGAGAGGGGAUGGGUAAUGCCAGUAAAAUGGCGUGACAGAAGAGUGUUAUUACCAUCGAGCUAAGAUUGCCCAGACUCAUGUGGCUUUAAGGGAUUGCAGGCAGUAUUAACAACUGAAUAAUUAUUUUUGGGAUGUUUCUUCUUGUGCUCACUUUUGGUGUGGCACACAUCACUUUAUUUCCCCCUCAACACUUGUACUUCUGUGGGGCUUUGGCAGCCUGCAGUCCUGUAAAAAAAAACCUUAUAUUUUUGUGUCCUGUGUGGGCAGAGCCCCUUAAGGCACUCUGUUCAAACUUGAAUGUUCUACAUAUAUUUCAAAUAAAGUCCAGAGAUGGAACGAUUGGGUGGAAUUGCACAUUUAGCACUGUGACUUGACACAUGUGAAAUAAUACCAGUACAAAUGUUAAUGGUGGAAAUGGAUGAGGUGGUGACACCUUGUAACAAAUGAAAAAGUGAGGCUUCCACUAUAUUUGUGAAAAGGGUUGCAAAUGUCCCCUUAAUGCUAUCAAUGAGAAAUCAUACAAAAUCAUGGAUAUACAUAUAUGAUUAAUAUAAAUAUAAGGCAUCUAUUUUUGGCAUUCUUUAUCAUGUGGUAAGAAGUGGUACUGGUAGGAAAAACAUAUAGGUUGGAUCCAGUGUGCAUCCUUGCUGUGCUGAACAAUGGAUCUGUAUUUGCAAUUUUUUUCAACAAAGCUUCUCUUGUGUUUUCUUUAUUUUGUAUGCUGCACUGAUGAUACAUCAUUUUCACAGGUGGUCUGGAAAACAGAAGUGUGAAACAAUAUAGUAUACAGUAGAAAAGCUGUUGCAUUAUUUGUUACAACUUAUAUGUAAUGUUAUUAUGGAAGAUGUAAUGUCCUUCUGUAAAUGUUGUUAAAUGUUGUUUUACUGGAAAUAAAAUUUAUUAAUGCUUCA